CUUGGCACUCAAAGUAGCGAGGCCGUCUCAGCCUCAAAAUAGCCACACCCAGCAUCCAAGGAUCCUGUUCAGACUUCCCAGGUUCCAGUUGCUAUUGUUCCUAUUGUUCGCCCCGCUCGCACCAUGCCCACAUCUAUUGAAGUCUUCGCUGAUAUCCUAGGUAGUCUCUGACAUUCCAUUCCCCAAAAUCUGACCUACUUUCUAUUCUGAUGAUCCUGCACUGUGUUUCACAUUUCGAAUUCCUCCUCAAUACCCACAGCUGGCCUGGUCAAUCUCCUCUGUCUUUACUCUAAAUUCUGCUCAUACUUCCUCAUCCUCUAUCUACCAUCUCCAAGCCCUCCAGGAUGCCCUUGAUGAUGGAUGACCAUGACCAGCAAUAUGUCAUGGACGAUCUCUUUGGAGACUCCGAGGCCGUUCAUAUCCCUGCCUUAGUGCCUCCCAUCAAAGGACUCGACCAAAGAAUCGACGAGUUGCAAGAAAUUGGAUGUUGCCAAAAGAUCGCAUGGUCAAAAACCGGAUGCGUUGCUGCAAUCACUGCCGGCGGCCGUGGCAUCGACCUCAGCGCUUUCCAUAGGAGUCCCUCAGACGGCACAUGGCAGCUCGGCGAGAAAAUCGCCCUAGCCAUACCAGCAGCGUCUGAUGAAUUCCCCUACAUUCAUGUCGCCUGGGGCCAUCUCGGAACCGAUCUGGUCGUUAUAGAUGCUGCCGGACGGGUAUCCAUCUACACGACAAUCUAUGCACUCGCCCGCAUGAAUCCCUCAAAGACUCAUUUUGCCAAUCACGAAGAUGAAAUGGGAGCGAUAGUCGGCAUGCACUGGCUUUCGCUCAUUCCUCAUCAGCAGAAGGCCCAUAUUCCAUGGUCGGCCGAACGCAAUGGAGAAGAUUGGAGUUUCCAAAUAUCCAGCGCUACCUUCAAUCACGCCCAUCACCCAGCGGAGAGCAAGGCAGGCUUCCUGACCGUUGGGAGGAACGGCUCUCUUAAGCUUCGAUUUCAACAGCCAGACAGUAGCUGGCACGAAGCCUCGACCGAAUUGGAACACAUAGAUUCUGCACGACAGCCGUUCACACAUGCUGCCUUUGCACCUGACAAUAACAACACGUUACUACUUGUUGCUCACAACGUCAUCGGCCAUCUUCAUACAUAUCGCGUCCGGAUCAGCUGGAACGUGCCACCAGGCCUAAACCCACAGCAGAUUUCAAAGCUAGCCCUCAACCCAACACUGAAAGUCACGAGCCUGAUGGUAGAAGAUCGAUGUUACCCGGAAAGCUCAACUGGAAUUGACGGCGAUAUGACAACCGGACCUGCACAGCAGAUCCAAAUACCAGGCCAGCUUACCCAUCUUAGCUUUCUCCCGACCACUCCUGAACCAGGUUCUGCCGGCCUCCCGACUGUUCUAGCCAUCUUCUCCCAUUGUCCCAGUCCCAUUGCUUCCCUCGACCAGACACAGCCACCACAGAGCUCCUUCAGCAUUGUUGCCCGAUGGGAGCUUCAUCAACCACAAAGUCAUCAUCUCCACCCCGCUGUCGACCAAGUCUCAUCAAAACGGAAGACAGUAGGUGGGGUCCCGGCCCGGCCAACCUUUCGCUUGAAGAGAUUGCCCGACUUCAUGACAGGCUCCCUAAUCCUCUCUUCAUUCCCAAUCUUUUUCAACACAACCCUCGCCUUCUGCCAAAGCGAUGGUACCAUCGAGUUCCGGCAACGGUCAACCUUGAAUGUUAUCAUACCAGACUAUAGCACCAACAGAGUCACCUCCCUAUCUCAAGCUGGAUUUGCAUUCUCAAAUCUCGACCCAACACUUCACAUAGCCUUAUCAGCCAACCACUGCAUGGCUGUAGCAAUGCAAAGCGACGGAGAAUAUAAACUCAAAUCUAUGGAAUACACUUUCGGUCCCCUUAAAUCGAUCGAAGACGACCCCAAGAACCACGCCGCCAUCGCCGCCCUCGUUCUCCAACACACAGCAGCCGCAAAUCAAUACUUCACAUCCGACGACAUCUUCGCACUCAUUGAUCCCGACAUCACGGACACCACCAGUCGCGCUUUCGUAGCCCAAUCUUUCCGCGCCCUCUCCGUAAACCUCGACUGCAACCAGGACGAAGCUAACAACGCCAUGAGCCUGAUGAACCGUAGCACACAGUUCGUCAAAUGCCUCAGCGCGCAAGCUUACUUCGGCUCGUCUAAUAGCCCCACCGGCAUCCAGCGCAACCUCCCCAGUAAACUCGCCUGGGCGGUCCUGAACAUCCGCUACACAACCCAGAUCAUGACUAUGAUGAUGCGCAUGCACGGCACCAUCGACAAAACCCCGCCCCGCCCCGACAUCGCCGCCUCCUUUCUCGGCCUGUGCCGCUGGAUGAUGAACAUGAUGGUUUGGAUCAUCGACGAGCUCAUGACGCUGGGCAAAACCCUCCGCCGGCUCCCGGGCUACAACAAGGGCAACUACGACCGCGCGCUCUUACAAUCCCGCCUCACCGCCCAAGCCGCGCCCGCCCUCCUCCUUCUCCUAUCCUCCUUCUCACGGGUCAUGAUGAAGAACUGGCAACAGCCCCUCGCCUGGAUCUCCCGCUUCGCCCUCGCCCUCGCCAUGAACGCGCCAACCCCCGAGAUGCGCGCCGCUUACGCACCCCUCCAGGUCGCCUUCACCGAGUGCCCCUUCGACUGGCGCCGCUUCGAGGCCCUCGUCAGCGAGGCUAACGCGCAGGUCGCGGCGUGCUACAAGCGCGCGGGAUUCUCGGACGCACAGCGCGGCGCGACGGAGAAGGAGCUCAUGAUGGGCGUGGUGCCGGAGGUGCUGAUGCCUGCCGCGCGGCGGUUGGUCGGGGGCGCGCUGUUCGACGCGGGCAUGUUGCUUGAUCGCAUCGAUCCGGCGAGGGUUGUAUUCCAUGAUAUCCGCUGGGUGGGGCUGGAUCCGAGUAAUCGGACUAGACAGUGGCAGAGCGAGCAUGUGGUGGAUGUAUGCCAGAAGGUUGUUCUGAGGCCGAAGGGGCUGCAGCUGCAGGCCAAGGGGGACCAGGGGAUGGAUGGGGGAGCGGUGGCGGAGGAGCAGAGGUGGCGGAGGUGCACGAGGUGUGGGGCGAUUAUGGAGGAUGUGACGCCGAAUCAUGGGAGAGACAGUGUGGAUAGGGCGCCGACGUGGAUUGUGAAUAUUGCGAAGCAUUGUGUGUGUCAGGGGGGGUGGAUGCUUGUAGGUUGGCCGGAGAAUGCGAUUGGGGCGUGAGGGAUGGGAUUUGGCUGCUUGAGAUUAAGUGUUUUCGUCUGCUUUAAGUUUGAUAUACCAACAUCUAUUCUUGGAAUCGAGCCCAUAAUGCUUUGGAAAUUUAGUUGCGGGUUUCUAAGAAGCGAGUGUACGCAGAGCUUUGUUGAGGCACUCACUGUAUGUAUGAUCAAUCGCUUCGUGAUUGACAGCGGACGCUUGCAUUGUUACAUAUUUAUUCGUACAGUACAAGGAUAUAUACAGACUCUUUGAGAGACCGCUUGACAGCACGCUUCUUCACCUUCAGAUGCUUUUUUCUGCAUCAGACCAUCAUUCCGCUCUCGACAUCAAACCUGAGUAUGCUCCCCACAAUCCCCCUCCCUACUCCAU